CUUUUGGAAAGUAUGCUUGCUGGUGCUCUCGUAUACGUAAUUAUGCUUUGGACCAAACAAAAGGAGCGUAAUCUACUUCUGGUUAAACGGCAACUCGAAAGCUGGAAACCGGAACCUCUAGUAGCUCCAACACCAGAUGACCAUCCAGCAUUAAAUCCCAAAUAUGUUGAGGGGAAAAUGGGAAAAUACUUGUCAAUCGAGGGCAAAAAAUAUUUGAACCUGGCUACAUCAAAUUUUCUUGGACUGGUAGGAGAUGAGAGGAUAGAGAAAGUAGCGAAGCAAACGAUUUUCAAAUAUGGAGUUGGGUCAUGUGGACCACGUGGUUUCUACGGGACAGUUGAUGUUCAUUUGAGUCUGGAAAAGCAAAUUGCUGAAUUUUUAAAAUGCGAAGAAGCUGUGUUGUACAGCUAUGGGUUUGCCACUGUAGCUAGCGCAAUUCCUGCUUAUGCUAAACGUGGCGAUGUAAUAUUUGCUGAUAAAGGUGUGAAUUUUGCCAUUCAAAAGGGAUUGCAAGCUUCGCGGAGCAACAUUGUUUGGUUUGAACAUAAUGAUACCCACGAUUUAGAAAGAUUGCUCAUGGAACAAGCUGAGUGGGAUAAAAAGAAUCCAAAAAAGGCUGCCGUGACUCGUCGUUUCUUGGUAGUAGAAGGACUGUACGUAAAUAGCGGUGAUCUUUGUCCUCUGCCUGAACUCUUGGAGCUGAAAUGGAAAUACAAGGUUCGAAUAUUCAUUGAUGAAUCAGUUUCUUUCGGGACAAUUGGAGCGACUGGUCGUGGUGUAACGGAACAUUUUAAAGUAGAUAUUAUUGAUGUCGACAUGAUAAUGGCUUACUUAGAGAAUGCAGUAGCGAGCACUGGUGGCUUUUGUGCUGGCCGUUCUUAUGUUGUUGGGCAUCAAAGACUUUCUGGACUUGGGUACUGCUUUUCGGCUUCACUGCCGCCUCUCCUUGCAACCGCUGCAAGUAAGCAAAUUCAUCUUCAAUCUUGGGAUACAAAGACGGAAAAGGAAGGAGUGUUGUAUUAUGGAAUGAAAUUUAAAUUAUUAUGCUGA